CAAACUUACAAUAUUUCAUUUCACUGGGAAAAAAUCUCCCUCCAAUUGCUCUCUUCACUGGCACAUAUACAGAUCCCUUCCUACUUUCCAAAAUUCCAGUUCUGAAAACAAAGCGCGUCGACGAUGGAGCUCAACUUGUGGGCUUUCUGCUAUCUCGUUCACUUAGCUAUCAUGGCGUCCACCUAUUAUCAGCUUGUUAUCUUGUCGGACUUGGAGGGUGACUACAUAAACAUUUACGAUACAGCAUCUCUCAUUAAUUGCAUGACUGCCCCCGAGUUCAUUGCACAGGGAAUCCUGUCUGCCAUUUUCCUCGUAACAUGCCAUUGGUUCAUGUUUCUGAUGACAGUUCCCCUUACUUGCUAUCAUGUGAGGCUGUUUUUGAAGCAGCAGCAUCUUAUUGAUGUCACCGAUGCAUUCAGAUUUCCUUCUGCUGAGAAGAAGUUUCGUUUGAUCAAGUUUGGUUUCUACUUAGUGGUCUUUGCAAUAAUCACCUUCAGGCUGGCGUUAUCUGUUUUCAACUUUUUAAGUGAUGAAGAAUAUGAUUUGUAUUUGUUUCAACUGUCAAAAAGUUGAGCAGUAUGGCUACUCAUUGUAAGUCUGUUUCUUGUAAAUUUCUUCAAUACAAAAAAUAAAAUAAUAAAUGAAUUCAAGC